AUGGCGCUCAAGACGGAUGAUAUUUUUCAGACACGGACAGAGAUGCAGAAGCGCAGUCACUUGGAAGGUUUUGAGUUUAUAUCUCGUCCAAAUCAAGUCUACUACGAUCAAAUGCCUGAGCGUAUCGGUGACGCUUUGGCCAAGGAGCAAUACAAGCAAAUUGAGCAGCUGGACUUGCUUGUUGACAAGGACGAUCAAGGUAUUCUUUUGCAGAUUUUUACAAAACCUCCGGGCGACCGCGCGACGGUCUUUUUUGAAAUUAUUGAACGUGUUGAUUGUAUGAAAGACUCUAGCUGGUCGAUUGGAACAGGCUGCGGGAUGCGGAGGGUUUGGUAA